CUUUUAUAUCUAUCAUGGCCCGUCAAUUAGAAGAUGCUCAAAGCUUCACUCAAACCAUCAAACAUGAAUUGUUUGCUCCUGAAAACCGUCAAGGAAACAUGAACAUCGCCUUAUCCGUUACCGUCUUCACUGGUGCUGUGGUCUUCCUCCGUCAAUUUGGUCAAUUGUUGGCUGUUUAAACAUGCAACACAUGAAUACUUUUUUUUUUAUUAUUAUUCACUUACCUUUUUAUUCAUCAUCGGACCUUUAUCAUUUUUAUACAACAACACACUCUUCAUUCGCUAGUCCUUUACCGUUUUCUUAUACAUCUGAAAUCUUCCUUCAUAUACACAUGCUUGUAGUCAAAUUUGUAUCUCUUUUGGGACACAUUGUAUAUUGUUCUUGAAUAAAACUAUAUUUUUUUUAUUAUUGUCAAA